CAUAGCCACCAAAACAGCCACCGUCGACCACCGCCCUUCUCUCUCUUUGGGCAGGGCAGCAAAGUUUCAUUUUUUUUCUGGAAGAUUCAUUGUCUGCUGUUAAACCUCUUUGGGUUUCUGUAAUUUCACCUUGUUUACCACAAAUCUUUAACAAAAAAACUCUUCUUUUGAUCAAAUUGUUGCCUGCUUUCAAUCUUCAAACUUGGUUCCUGUGCAAAAAGAUUGUCCCCUUUUUUUUCUUUCUGGGAUAAAUAGAACUGUUUCUGUUCAGCUUUUCACACCCAGAUCUGCUUUUCCCUCUUUUUUAAUCUUGUUUUAGCGCUGAAACUGUAGCCAUCGUUCUUGUUCUUUCAAGAAUCUUGUUGAAGUGAAAAAAGAGACACCCUCCUCCCAAGAAGAAGAAUCUCAAAUGGGUAUUUGUUUGAGUGCUAGAAUCAAAGCAGAAAGCCCAUAUUACACAGGGGUGAGUUCAAGAAACAUAAGCACAGAUGCAAAUGAUAUCAGCAAUUCAAGUUGCAGCAAAGCCUCGUCGGUCCCUCCAACUCCCCGGAGUGAAGGCGAGAUUUUGCAAUCCACCAAUCUGAAGAGCUUCAGUUAUUCCGAUCUCCGAACAGCCACCAGAAAUUUCCGGCCAGACAGUGUGUUGGGUGAAGGUGGGUUUGGCUCUGUUUUCAAAGGCUGGAUUGAUGAGCAAUCGUUCGCCGCUGCUAAGCCCGGCACCGGAGUUGUUAUCGCCGUUAAAAGGCUUAAUCAAGAAAGCUUUCAAGGUCACAGGGAGUGGCUGGCAGAAGUGAAUUAUUUGGGGCAAUUUUCGCACCCCAAUCUUGUGCAUCUGAUUGGAUAUUGUUUGGAGGAUGAACACCGGCUUUUGGUUUAUGAAUUCAUGCCUCGAGGAAGCUUGGAGAAUCACUUGUUCAGAAGAGGAUCUUAUUUUCAACCGCUUUCAUGGAGUCUUCGAUUGAAGGUUGCUCUUGGAGCUGCUAAAGGACUCGCUUUUCUUCAUAGUGCCGAAACAAAAGUGAUUUAUCGAGAUUUCAAGACUUCAAAUGUUUUGCUUGAUUCGGAUUACAAUGCAAAGCUCUCUGAUUUUGGGUUGGCAAAGGAUGGACCAACCGGCGAUAAAAGCCAUGUUUCAACCAGGGUCAUGGGGACGUAUGGUUACGCGGCUCCUGAAUAUCUAGCCACCGGUCAUUUAACAACAAAGAGCGAUGUAUAUAGUUUCGGGGUGGUUCUUCUUGAAAUGUUAUCGGGCCGAAGAGCCGUAGACAAGAACCGGCCUUCCGGUGAACACAGCUUGGUAGAAUGGGCCAAACCAUACCUUGCCCACAAACGUAAACUCUUCCGUGUGCUCGACAACCGUCUUGAAGGCCAGUACACCAUAGAUGGGGCCCAUGCCGCUGCAAACCUAUCCCUCCGAUGCAUUUCAAUGGAUCCAAGGUUCAGGCCUAACAUGGAUGAGGUGGUCAAAGAACUGGAACAGCUUCAAGAUCCCAAGGGAAUGACACGGGCGCGGAGACAUUCCGUGAACGAAACACAAGGGCGGAGACGGGUGUCUCGAGAUGGUGGGAGCAGCGGUCGGGCGGGGGCUUAUCCGAGGCCUUCUGCCUCAGCUGUUUAUAGGAAGUGAGUGAAGGGGAGGAAUAAUAAGGGUGGUAUAGGAAUAGGAGUGUGGAGUGGGCAUUGAUUUUGGGCAAAUGAUUGUAUAGUUGUGAUGGGUUAUAACCUGAUUUGAGAAGAGAAGCAUAUUUGUGUAUCCAAAUUUGGUGUUGAAGUUUGUGGAAAUAUAUGAUUCUGAAACCAA